AUGGCAAUUAAGUUUCCUUCAACCAACUUGGAAUGUUUUCCAAGGCGGGCUAAAUCUCCGCUUACGCGUUGUGACGACUUCGAGAACUGCACUGGAUACCAGAAAUGUAGAAAGGGGCGAUUUGAUGACUACACCGUAAACUACGCAGAAGCCGAACAGUUUAACAUAGAGUAUUGCGACGAGAUCACUGGAAAUUUCCACUGUGACGUCGGAUACUACACGAACGCCACGACUCUUAUCAUCGAGCAAGCCGUCUGCAAAGACUUUUGUCCCCCUGGCAAGACGACAAGCAGAAGUUGUUCGGCUCUCAGAGAAGGUUGCGCCGAAUUUUGUCAUAUUGAAAAUGUGGAUUCGAGUAAAGAUGAAAAUUGGUGCAAUUUGGAACAAAGAAGUUGUGUCUGUAAAAAAGGGUACAAACAACCAAACUGUGAAAAGUGUCCGCCAGACAAAACUGGUGACAACUGUUCCAGAGAUUGUAAAAUAGAGUGUGGCAAUGUUGCAGGUGCCACUUGCGACGGACCUACAUGCCUAUGUCCUCCAGGCUACCAAAAUCAAGCUAAUCAAUGCAGACAAUGCGACAAUGGAUUUUACGGCCAGGACUGUGCGGGAACCUGCAUUAGUUCUAGGGAGGAUGCAUGCUACGAAGCUCACAGUUUCAGUCGUCUUAGUCCCGAGAAAUGCGACAAAGUGACGGGGAGCUGCAUCUGUGUACCUGGAUUUGACCCCGCUGAGAACUGUCAGUCAGCGUGCAAAGAGUUCAUGUGGGGUGGAGGCGAGGACAAUUGCCAGUCCUGCUCAUGUAAAAACCUCAUGGAGUGCGACAGAAUUACGGGAGAAUGUCU